GAUUUGUCAUACCCAGUAAAUUGUUUCAAUCCUUCCGAAACCCGUCAACUAACUCACUUCGAAAUCGAUUAUAUCUCACCCGCAUUUAUCUUCAAUUCGCCGCAUUCGAAUGAAUGAAAUGUCACAAUGAAUCCUACUCACGACAAUUUAGUGCCUACGCUUAUCGAAUACACCUUGGAUGAUUCGAACCUUGAAAUUGGAUGUCCUCUUGACAAUGGACGACACUUGAUUCAUCCUCGGAAGUCACUGGGCCAGCUUGAUAUGCUCCCUCCUGAGCUCAUCGCCGAGAUACUUCUCUCGCUUGACCUACCAACAUUAACUACCUUCAGGCGAGUUAACUGUCGGGCGAUGUGCCUAGUCGACUCUCUGCCCCAAUAUCGGUUGAUAUUCGAGCAAUGCCCCAACGUCCUCCGCGCAAUCAUAUGCGUCGAGGCAGCUUCUUUCGAUUGCCGGACCCUAUUCGAAACGCUUUCCACCAGAAAGUGCGGGACGUGCCCCCGGUUCGGUGUCUAUCUCUAUCUCAUCACUUGCAAACGUGUGUGCCAUCUCUGUUUCGACAAGUAUCGCUCCAUACCAAUUACGGAGGCUGUACUGCGUCUCGGGAUGCACAAAGUAGAUAUUUUGCGCCUACCUCUACCACGCAUGUUGAAUUUACGAAAGCGGAAGACUGGGGGAAGGAUGCUGUAUCUUGAUCGGAAAGCCGUUCUUGACGCAGUGCUGGAUCCCACAAUUAAGGCAUCCUUUAAGAGACCUCGAAAUCUCAUCGUACGAACUGAAUCCUUACCAAAUAUGACAUUCAUUUCUGCACCAUUUCUUAACUCUUCGGAACGAUCUACCGAAUGGGGCUUUUAUUGUAUGAAGUGUAGCGACUGUGAUGAGCUUGCGAUUUAUUUCAGAAUUAAAUACAGAGUUGGAGAAGUGAGACGACUAGAGAACGAGUGGAGUGUUAAAUAUACGUCAGUAUGCAAGUAAGGGUAUGUGACAUCUUCCUUAAGGGGCCUUAUUGCAUGCUGACUAAAGUUGAGAAGCGAAUCGUUACAUCGAACCAAUAAUGGUAAUGUUUCAGCGCCUGCUACCUUGCUGGGGAAAGUCUAUAGCGAAUCAAAGAGGGUAGGCUUGACUGUAUCAAGAUCUAGCACGGCCUGGAUCUCGUCGUCCAUACUCUCCAGAAACCUCUUCUGGUCCCAUUGCGGCUUCCAUCCGAGUUGGUACGGAUGCACAGGAACAAGAUCUCCGCUAGGUCACUCGUUAGAUCUUCGUCUCCACGCCGAAGAAAGGAGGUGCUUACCUAGAGGUCCCGAUAGCCCGUACGUACAGCCGUGGGAGCCCUAGCUGAUCCGCGGCCUCGUCGUAGCUGGGCCAAACUUGUACCUUGGGCUCCUUCACCAACCCACGCGCGUAUAAUCCGUCAGCGAGAAGUUGCAUGAUCUCCCACCAGGGCGC